AACCGCCACGGCUGCUAAGGAGCCGAGCUGGGUGGCUGCGAGCAUCAGGGUCCAGGGUCCCCCCUAUCCUGGCCCGUCUUAUGAUUUCUCCUGAGGGAUAACCGCUGAGCGGGACCGUGUCUCCAAGGCUGAUCCUUUCCUGAUAAGCCAGCUGCCAAGUCUCCAGCGCAAAGACAAAAGAGUUUUUCUCUCCCCAGCAGGUUUUUCUGCUGUGAAUGACAGAGGAAGGGGGAAAAGCGAGCUGCCUGGCAAUCCUCCUGGGCGAGAGGUUUCGGGGGCUCCUUCCCCCCUGCUGUGCUGGCAAACCAUGGAGCUUUUCAGGCUGAGCCUGGGCUGUAUUUGCCUCCUCCCUUGGCUUGAGGGCCAUUUACAAUGUCUGGUGCUCAGAAGACAUGUCUACCUCAGACAUGCCCACUACUAAACCAUGCUUUGAUUGUACUGCAGUAGCAGAGGGACAAGGCUUCCUCAUAAGGAACACCCGGCUGGAAAAGUGCAUUCGUGUCUCCCACCAUGAGACCAACGCCAUCAGCUUGACCGACUGCAAGGUGCUGUCCCAGCAGCAGCAGUGGAGCUGGGAUCCCACCACUGGGACCAUCAUCAGCCUUCAAACGAAGCAGUGCUUGUCAGCCCACAAGAUGCGGGAGAAUGCCCUGGUCAAGCUGGAGCCCUGUGGGGACUGGGAACGCCAGGCAUGGUCCUGCAGCAAGAAGGGGCACUUGACUCUGCAGAGCUUGGGCUUCUACCUCAGCACCAAGGAAGGAGGCCACAAGGUCUUUGUCUCAAGGGAGAAGGACAAAUUCAGCAGAUGGAAGACUUUAGAAGAUGAAACCAUCUGUGCUGCUGCCCGGGCAGCAGCUCUGACGCCCAGCAAACCAACACAACAAGGUGUUGACACACGUGUGUGGAUCUAUGAAACUAAAACCAUCGAUUCAUCAAAGACAGAUGCCAUGGACAGAGAACCUUCUGUGAGCUUGACUGACCCACCACUGGCUAACAGAUUUAACAGCACAAUGUCUCCAGCGAAGACCAAACAGGCACACCUCCCAGCAAAUGAGGAUGCAGCCCACAAUCACUCUAAAAAGCAUCAUGGAAAUCGAGGAAAAAAUGCUGGGGCCAGGCUUGCAGGUACCAACUGGAAGACGGCCAUGCUGGUCCUCAGCCCCUUGGCAUUCAUACUGGGAUUGAUAAUACUGACACUCAAUGUUCAUUACAACAAGAAGAAGAAAAUCCUCUCUGCUCUGAAGAGCUCCCCAGCCAACGGCAGCAGAGCUGAUUUACGGGAGCCACCUCCCUUGCGAAGAGGUCCCCAGCCAUACCUUCCACCCUCUCGCUCCCCUUCCUUGAGGCAUGGAGAGAUCCUCAUUGAGUGGAAAGAUGGGACUGUCACCCCUCUCUUUGACAAUGCCAAUUAUCAAAUGGACUAGCUCCAAAAAAACCAGAGCUGUUGUUCCAUCCCUUGUCACUCUUCCCACAAGGGAAAGUGCCACCAUGGCCAAUCUCCUCCCUAGCCUUGCUGUUUCGACAGGGAGUUGUAAGCACUGUUUGGGGAUUUUUUUAACACUUGAGAACAAUCGCCUUGCACAGCACAAGGUUGAAGCAAAGCAGAGCAGAUUGCUUGGUUUGUAUAGGCACACGCUGCUUAGCUCUUCCAGAGCUGAUUUAACCCGUAGCAAAACCCAGAAUUAGCUCAACGAAGCCAAGACUCUCGCCAGCUGCAACUGUCCAUUGCCCUGAAAUUCUAGUUACCGAGCACAUGACAAAGUAAAUCCUUGGAGACAAGGUGUAAGGUGAAAAAUAGAGCUCCUGAUGAUCCUUAAAUGCUUUUUUAAGACGUAACUAGCUGCCAACAGAGACAGAAGGUUGUCAGUUACUUUGUCAACGUGAGAACAUAACUAAUAAGCACUGCCUUCAGGAGUCUAAAUCCUCCAGAUAUCUGCCAAAAUACUCCCCCCACUAAGUUAUCAAUUAAGUAAAAGCAAGUCAUUUUUCUAACUUAAAAGGUAGCAGCACUCCAUCAUCCUCUCUGCAUCACUGCAAGACCCCUGCUGAGAGAGUAUGCAUCUCUUAAAAUAUUUCCAUAUUUAGAAUGUAUUAAACCUUAUUAUAAUGCACAUCCUCUUUCUUUAUGUACAAUGACAAGUAACCUUGGUGAUGUUUGUUGGGGAUACUACAUUAUCGAGCCAUUUUAUACCAGCUUCAGUCUCUGAUUUCCUGUAGUCACAUGGAAUAGUCAAUAAACAGAUACUGCUCCUUUCUAGAGCAGUAAUACAGGUUUGUUUUUUUUCUAGAAAGCAGUCAGGCACCAAUUUCAGCCUUUACACUUCUUCCUUAAAUAUAAUCACCUGUGACUGUCACACUCAAUCCUGAUCUCUCAGUGAAACUUGGAAUGUCUCAGUGCUUUCCUAAUAUUAAUGAAUUUAUGCUUUCCUUUUUUUCUGAUCUUGUGAUGAUAUAAACUGUAAUCAUGCCAAUAAAUCAGGAAUUAUAUGGAGAAAGAAAUUCUAACACCAAAAAAUUACAAGUAUGAGCUGUAUCAGUAUAUUUGUUCAGCAGUGCAAGGAAAACCGUAUCUCAACACGUCUCUUACUCAGACUAAAACAACACUUUUCACUUUACCUAAAUUGACUUGUGCCAUUUCAGUGGAGCUUCGACUUCUGUAGAGUUUGAUUUUAUUUAACCUAAGGCAGAAGAAAGAUGCCUAGGGAAUUUAAAGUCUCUGAUUUAUUUACUUUUAAUUUUUCCUUUUAAACAUAGAUCCACAGCCUGGUAAAAAGCUAACUGCCACAAGAUGCUAUUAUGACCAAAAACUUAGUUGGUCUCAAGAAAGAAAAUACAAACCUUAUUGGUUCAGGGCAUAAAAAUCAUAGAGGUUGGAAAUAAAUGUCCUCCCCAGAUAGAUUAUUCCAUAAUUAUUUACUGGAAGGUUUCCCACAUGCUUCUUGGGAAAAUAUUUUACUACCAGACAUAGGCAGAGGAAGAACUCUUUCUUCACCAGAGAGCAGUGAGCACAAACAACAUGGUUGGAAUUAAAUUCUGACUUUCCAAUGUUUCCACUUUAAAACAAAUCCAAAGACUUUUGGUUCAAGGUUCCAAACACGUAAGCAUCAUUUUACACACAAGAUUUAUGGGAAUAUGUUCUGUACAUAAAUGGCUCAAAACGCACACGCAGUGCCUCACCAAUUAUCACAGUUACAUCCCUUGUACCUUUUCCACCACAAUUAAGAUGCUCACCUUUGAAGUUUUGUCCAAAGGGCACUUUGCCUUACAAUACAUAGCACUUGUUACUCUCCAAAAUCUUGAUGCACUUUGGGAACACUCUGUAUGCGGUGCCAUUAAAAAGGAAAUAUUUACUUGGA